CCUCCUCUUUCUCUCCCCCCCCAUACACGUCCCAAUGGCCAUCCAGAACGCAUCCUCCUCCGCCGCCGCCUCCGUCUUCGACGCCCAGGCAGAACGCCCCCGCCCUAAGGAUGUCGGCAUCCUCGGAAUGGACAUGUACUUCCCCAAACGCUGCAUCUCCGAGGAGGAGCUCGAAGUCUUCGACGGUGUCGCCAAGGGCAAGUACACCAUCGGCCUCGGCCAGUCCUACAUGGCCUUUGCCGACGACCGCGAAGACAUCAACUCCAUGGCUCUCACGGUCGUCUCCUCCCUCCUGAAGCGCUACAACGUCGACCCCAAAUCCAUCGGUCGCCUUGAUGUCGGCACUGAGACCAUCAUCGACAAGUCCAAGUCGGUCAAGACCGUUCUUAUGGACCUCUUCGCCGCCUCCGGCAACUACGACAUCGAGGGUCUCGACUCCAAGAACGCAUGCUACGGCUCCACCAACGCCCUCUUCAACGCCGUCAACUGGAUCGAGAGCCGCAGCUGGGACGGUCGCAACGCCAUCGUCUUCGCCGGCGACAUCGCUGUCUACGCAGAAGGCGGUGCACGCCCCGUCGGUGGUGCAGGCGCGUGCGCCAUCUUGAUUGGCCCCAAUGCCCCGCUGGUCUUUGAGCCCAUCCACGGCACGUACAUGGCCAACACAUACGACUUCUACAAGCCCGAUCUGUCUUCCGAGUACCCCACUGUCGACGGCCCGCUCUCCGUCUCGACCUACAUCCGCGCCAUGGACGGCGCCUACUCCGCAUUCCGGUCCAAGGUCGCAGCCGCGACCAAGGCGCUGCACGGCAACGGCCACGCGGCAGAGGACAGCGCGGGCAAGGCCGUCGACCCCAAAUCCGUCUUCACGCUGCAAGACAUCGACUACACCGUGUACCACUCGCCGUACGGCAAGCAAGUGCAAAAGGGCCAUGCGCGUCUCCUCUUCAACGACUACCUCUCUGCGCCCACCGCACCCGCCUUCUCGUCUGUCCCUGCCGAACUCGCCGCGCUGCCCUACGAGCAGUCCAUCUCCGACAAGACCGUCGAAAAGACCUUCAUGGCGCUCUCGAAAGCCGACUACGCCGCGCGCGUCGCGCCCUCGAUGCGCUGCGCCGCACGCUGCGGGAACAUGUACACCGCGUCGCUGUACGGUGGGCUCGCCUCGCUCCUCGCGAGCGUCGAGCCCGCCGCCCUCAAGGGCAAGCGUGUGUCAUUGUACGCGUUCGGGAGCGGGUGCGCGAGCAGCUUCUUCACGCUGCGCGUCAAGGGCGACACGACCGAGAUCCGGGAGAAGAUGGACCUCGUGAAGCGGCUAGAGAGCAUGAGCGUGGUCCCGUGCGAGGAGUUCGUCGCCGGCCUGCAGCUGCGCGAGGAGAACCACAACGCUGCGCCAUAUGCGCCCAAGGGUUCACUCGCCAACAUCUGGCCAGGCGCGUACUACCUCGAGGGCAUCGACGAUAAGUUCCGUCGCAAAUAUGCCAUCGCCUAGACUCCUCCCUCCCUCCAUCACCCCAUCCCACUACACAUCGCCUGCCUCUCAUGCUCCCUCCCUCGUAUGUAUGCUUAGACACUAGACCUGAACGAUAAAAAAGGCACAAUUCAAGGGGGUGCACGCAAGAAGACAACUCGCAUUUUAGAUAUUGAUAUCCCACUUUCCUACGCUUUCGCUCGCUCGCGUUUUCGGCGUCGAUACUUACUACUUGUUCGACGGUGGAGGCGGGACUUUUGUAAUAUUAGCGAAGUAAUAGACCGGUCGCGCCGGGCUGAUAAUGGGCCUUUUUGCUUGUGCGCAUUCCG